AUGACCCAAUACAGCGACGACGAUAUCGAUUCGGCGUACGGCGACGACUCGCUCAUUGGCGACGACACCCAGACCCUGUCGACGUAUAUCACCGACUACCGAUACGAGUUUGGCCGCCGGUACCACUCGUACCGCGAUGGCGCAUACUGGGAAAUCCUCGACGUCGGUACCGGGACCGGAAUCUGGGCAAUCGAUGCGGCGGACGAGUACCCCUCCGCCCGCGUCACCGGGGUCGACCUGUCCCCCAUCCAGCCGUCUUUCGUUCCGCCAAAUUGCAUUUUCGAAAUCGAUGAUAUCACCCUUCCCUGGACAUAUUCCGCCAAUCAAUUCGACUUUAUCCAUAUCCGCGAGCUAUUCGGGUGCAUCCCGGACUGGGACCAGUUCUUCGGGCAUUGCUGGCAUUGUCUGAAACCGGGCGGAUACAUCGAGGUUGUAGAACACUCCGUUCAGCCGAUCGCCGACGAUGGGUCAAUGGGACCGGAUCAUUUCUAUCACGAAUGGGGCCGGGUCGUCGUUGAGUCGGGCGAGCGGUCGGGCAAAACGUUUAAAAUCUGGCAGGAGUCGGCAGAGCGAUUAAAACGAGCCGGGUUCGUGGACGUAGUGGAACAGCGGUUCAAAUGGCCGAUGAACGGAUGGAGUUCCGAUCCCAAACUGCACGAACUUGGCCGCUGGAACCAGUUCCGUCUCAACGGCGGGAUCGAGGGGUUCAUGCUCCGCCUGCUCACAACGACCCUCGGCUGGUCGUACGAGCGCUCGCAAGUCCAUCUGGCGCAAAUGCGGACGGCACUGCGGGACUACCGCACGCACGCCUAUCUCCCUGGGACGGUGGUGUAUGCUCGAAAACCGGGUUCGGGGAUAUCAAGUCCGCCUCGCUGAUUCCCAAUCUAGCAUCUUGGCGCGAGCAUCGACGUUUGCUUCGUUGAGUGCUUCUCAGUCUUGUUGAUCGAGCACUGCAUCCUGUAUCCACUGCAUCACUGCAUUCCCUGCAUUCCCUGCAUUCGCCGCACUAUACCCUGUA